AUCAUCGUUGAUGAAGCAAAACACAAUGACAGAACAAGGAGUGGCAUCUUUCUCAUCCAGUCUUCUCACUUAUGCCGCUUCCAGUUUAUCUCAAUUCUCAUAGACUAGAAAGUCGCUGCUUUCUUUUCUCACCCAAACAUGGAAGCCAAGUCAGUCUUUCUCCACUCCAAAACACUCCCACUCUGUUAUACCUUCACAGAGAGACCCAACAUCUCUCUCAGGCAUUUCACCAAACACCUUCCACUCAAUUCUCACCUCCACCAACAAACCCUUAAACCCCUCAAAACCCCAUCAAGAUCAUAUCUUUCCCAAAACCCACUAUCCUUUUCAUCACCAACAACAAGAACCCAUUUGUUAACUCCUCUCAAAUGCUCAUAUUCCAGCACCACAAGCCCAGAACCUCAGAACCCAUUGCUUAAACCCUUCAAGAACCUCUCUUUUGAUUCAUUGAGGGAUACCCUUUUCAAAUUAACCCCAUUUGAUGUGAUAAAAUGGUCCGGGAUCUUAUCAAUUGCAAUUGCAGCCACAAAAUGGACCUCCAAUUUGGUGUUGAGCCCCUUUUUCUGGAUGUACUUCAGCUGGACUUGGAUGUUCUGGCCUUGGUUUCUGGCUGUUUCGGUAGGCCUUUAUGGGUUGUACUGUUUUCGAAAGCAUUUAGUUGGUGAAGCAAGCAUGUUUGAGCAGCUUGCUGUUGUUACCUCUGUUUUCACUUGGCUCACACUUGUCCCACCUGCCCAUUUCAAUGGCUUCCUUGAAGGUUGGCCCUAUGUGUUCUUCCUUGUGUACCAUUAUUUCUUUUUCUUCAAUGUUAGUGUGAGGAAGCGUUUGUAUGGAGAUUACUAUGCUCGCCCACAUGACCCCAAGUGGGAUGUGAGCCCUCCGAGGUGGUACCGUCUUUUGUUCAGUGUUGGAGUCAUGAUUGGGCACUGGCUGGCUGCAUUUGAAGGGCCAGAGCUGCACCGUAUUCCUGGCGGUUGGAGUAAUGUGGGCAUUUGGGGAUUGAUAGUUGUCACUCUGCUAAUGCAGUAUAACUCGACAUUGUAUCUUGCAAAGUAUUCCGAAAAGGUGGUGGUGCCAACGGCUGUUGUGCAGUUUGGGCCAUACCGGUGGGUGCGCCAUCCAAUAUAUGCAUCUACAAUGCUGUUGUUUGCCACUUAUUGUGUUGCGCUUAGAGCACCUUUGAGCCUGCUAUUUGUCGUAGCUGUUUGUGUGAUGUACUAUGAUCAGAAGGCGAAACUGGAGGAGGCUUUGAUGAUUGAGACUUUUGGGGAGAGAUAUAUGGAGUAUGCCAGUAAGGUUUGGUACAAGUUCAUUCCUUUUGUCUAUUAGUUAGUCUCUAUGUAUGCUGUUAUUGAUUCUGUAUUCUGAAUGAUAUCAUGUGUUAUUUAAGCACUGAGUUUUGAAAUGAACAUGAGACAUGUUAACCUACUUAGAGA